GCAUACUGGUUCUAACCCAAAGUCUAUCAGUCGUUCAAACCGUGAAGUCUUCUGUUCUAUUAAAAAUGUUUAAAUUGGCCCGUCAGCUCCUUCCGCAGCAGCGGAUUCUGGCUUCGAGGCUCCAGCGCAUGAUCUCCACCAGCGACGAGGUCAAUGCAGAGCCCAUUAUCAAGUCAAUGGAUACAAUUGGUGGCCUGCCAUCGGAGCUGGUUAACGAACAGAAAUUGAAGAAAACAAGCAGAACACUAUCGACACUUCAAAAUCACUCGGUCCCCAUCGCAGCCCGCGUCACAGUUUCCAAAGAUGAAAGCCGCGACUUUAUGGCCGUGUUCCCAGAUCUUGUGCGUGACAUCACCAGCGUGACGAAGGCAUACAACUGCAACGAUGCCGCCAAAUGGUUCGCCCAGGUCCUCCAGUACAACGUUCCCAGGGGAAAGAAGAAUCGGGGCAUUCUCACAGUCCUCACGUACAAGAAUUUAGUGCCAGCACAGGAUCUGACUCCCGAGAACAUAAAGCUAGCCCAGUACCUGGGCUGGUGCGUGGAAAUGCUCCAAAGUUUCUUCAUUAUCUCUGACGAUGUGAUGGACAAUAGCACCACCAGGCGCGGUCAACUGUGCUGGCACAAAGUCGAGGGCGUGGGUCUCACUGCCAUUAACGAUGCCCUCAUGAUCGAGAACGCUAUGUACGCCAUUCUGAAGAAGCAUUUCAGCCACCUGGACUGCUAUGUGGCGCUGAUGGAGCUCUUCCACGAAAUCACCUACAUUACCACCUGCGGACAGUCCCUGGACCAGCUCAACUCGAACCGCAACGUAUCGGAGUUCACCAUGGAAAACUAUAAAGCUAUUGUGGAGAACAAGACUGCCUACUACACAUUUUACCUGCCUUUCGCCGUUGCCUUGCACUUGGCUGGGUACAAAGACGCCGAGGCCUUUAGACAAUCGAAGACCAUUCUCUUGGAAAUGGGUAACUUCUUCCAGGUUCAAGACGAUUUCCUUGACUGCUUUGGAAAUCCAGAAGUCACCGGAAAGAUCGGCACAGAUAUUCAGGACAACAAGUGCUCUUGGCUGGCAGUGGUGGCCAUGCAGCGGGCCAACGCAGAACAGAAGCAGAUCAUGGUAGACUGCUAUGGCAAGGAAGACCCCGCCAAAGUAGAACGAGUAAAGGAACUUUACAAAGAACUAGGACUGCCAUCAACCUAUGCCACAUUCGAGGAAGAAUCCUACAACAUGAUCAAAACUCACAUACAACAGACCUCUCGAGGGGUGCCGCAUCAAACCUUCCUACAAAUUCUGAACAAAAUCUAUCAACGCGACUCCUAAAUUACUUCACAAUGCAUCGAAUUUUUGAGAACGUUUUUACUUAAAUUGUAGUAUUAGCAUUUAUAUGGAUGAUCUGACAGCAAGGGCUCAGCAAUUAUACAACCACAAUGAAAUUUUAA